AUGGAUUCGGGUAACAGUGGGAGUAUGCAAUCUUCCAGCACCGCCGGUGAUGAAGAGUACGAUUCACGCGCCGACCCAUCUUUGUCGUCAUCAAUCUCUGCGUUCUUUAAUAGUAACUCCCAUCCUUCAGCUCCACCACAACCAACAACGUUAACAAACCACGUUGGUCCUCCUUUCUCUACUCAGCACCACCACGUGUUCGACCCUUUAUCAUCCAAUUACUUGGAUCCGACACAAAGAUCGCCGCAAUCAAACCAAAUCCUCAACCUCGACAUGGUGCGGUCCAAGGUUGCCGCCAGAUCCGGACCCGAUUUUAGCUCCUUCAUACCUUCAUCUUCCCCACACAACAACAACAACCAAGCUUUUCUGUUAACUCAAUUGGGAGGAGGAGGAGUUAACAACGUUGGUGCUUUUCCCAGUACCACUCUCCCUCCAGAAAGUGGAGGAGGCGGAUUAGUAAUGAAUGAACAAGUAAACAGUAGCAACACCAACAAAAACAUGGUUCGAAACCCGAAGAAAAGGUCAAGAGCUUCUAGGCGUGCACCCACCACUGUUCUCACUACGGACACCACGAAUUUCCGAGCCAUGGUUCAGGAAUUCACUGGCAUCCCAGCACCUCCUUUCACUUCCUCCUCCUCGUCUUUCCCAAGAACAAGGUUAGAUCUCUUUGCCACCUCUAAUGCUUCUUCUUCAUCCAUUAUUAGAGAACAAACACCUUCUUAUCUUCUUCGCCCCUUUGCACACAAAGUCCAAGCUCAAGUACCUUCUUCAAUCCCACCACCCUCUUCCUUUCAACCCAUGUUGAACAACUACCACCACCACCACCACCAGCAUAACCCAAUUCUCAGCUUCCAAUCCAUUCUCCAACCGCAUCAACUCAUUGGUUCUAAAACUCAACAACAACCCUCCUUGGAAAUACCGCCUAGUGCUCUUGGGUUGGAGGAAUUAGGAUUGAACCAUGCUCAUCAUCAAAACAUCAACAUGCGUUCGUCUUCAUCGGAUGGAACAUUGUCAAGGGUCAACAACGACAAUAACAACAUGCGUGGUCCUUCUUCGGCAGAUUGGGCCCAGGCCCAGGCCCAAAGAAUUGAUAACAAUGAUGGAGGACUUUUGGGGUCUCUUACUGGUGCCACCUUAAACUACAGAAGCAAUAUUGUUUCGGAUCAGCGAGUCAAGGUUACUAAUAAUUCGGAUUUUCAUGGAGAAAAAGGACCGGAAUGUGUUGUGGCUGUACGAAGCGAAGGUAUGGUCGAAUCGUGGAUUAAUUGUUCUUCUGAUUGA